ACGAAAUUUACUUCCGUGUUUUAAUUUGAUGGACACACUCCCACCGGAGACGAGAACUAAUUAUUGGUUCAUCUAUUUAUUUGAAAAUAAUCCAAACUAGUAAUUGAUGUCACCUCAAGAUAAGUGAUAGAUUAGCAACCUAAACGAUUCAAAUCGCAGUUAAAAUGACAGGAUUGGUACUUUUUGCCAAAGAAAUGCUGAAAGAUAGCACAGAGGUCAGGGUGGGAAAUCCCGCAGUAGGUCACCGAGUGGUCCCGUGACUACUUUUCAAGACGUGUGAGCCUGUGCUGUAACUGAGGGCAUCUAAAGUACCAUCAAAAUGAAACAUUUUCUUGCCUUUGCGUGUUUGGUUUGCGCUUUGCUAGUGUCUAACACAGUGUAUUCAGAUGACCCAGUUAACAACUUUAAAGUAGAAAGAGAUGGAAAAGUUUGCUUGCUAGCAACAUUUGCUGCAAGAUUUAACGUUACCUAUAACAUCACUGAUACCACGGCAAUUGCAAGUUUUGCCAUUCCUGCCAAUGCAACAGUGAACCAGAAUGCAAGUGAUUGCAGCGACAUUACAGCCAAAUUGGUUAUCAAUUUCUUUAAUGGCUAUAAUGUGACGGCUGAAUUUGGUGCCAAUAAUAGUUCAUUCCAAGUUGAAAAAUUGAUUCUAGGGUAUACCUUGGAUACACUACAUUUCCCUAAAGCAGUUAAUCAAA